UUAAUUUCUCUAAAAAAAAGUUUAAAAAAAAAACCAUAACAAGACAACUCAUUACUUUAAAAUCUAUCUAGUCAUUUUCUCAUCAUUUUGUUAGUCUAUUUGGGCACCUUCAACAACCAAAAUCUCAAAUUUGAGAACACAAAAUAAAAGAGAUUAUUUGAACAAAGACGUAUUAUAAGCGUUACAGUUGUAUUAGUCUCAUGGCCAAGGAUCAACUAAAUGUUUUAAAUGCCUUAGAUGUGGCAAAGACACAAUGGUACCAUUUCACGGCCAUUGUCAUAGCAGGAAUGGGUUUCUUUACCGAUGCCUAUGAUUUAUUUUGUAUAUCCUUGGUGACAAAGCUCUUAGGCCGAAUUUAUUUUCAUGUGCCCGGCUCACAAAAGCCGGGCACAUUACCUCCUAGCUUCUCUUCGGCUAUCAAUGGGGUAGCCUUGGUGGGAACGCUAGCAGGGCAACUCUUCUUUGGCUGGCUCGGUGAUAAGUUGGGCCGAAAAAAAGUUUAUGGAUUGACGCUUAUGCUCAUGUGCUUUAGCUCUGUGGCCUCGGGCCUUUCCUUCGGUAGUAGCCCAAAGUCUGUGAUAAUAACUCUUUGCUUCUUUCGAUUUUGGCUUGGAUUUGGAAUCGGUGGGGACUACCCUCUGUCCGCCACCAUCAUGUCCGAGUAUGCUAAUAAAAAGACUCGUGGGGCAUUUAUCGCGGCUGUCUUUGCUAUGCAAGGGAUCGGAAUCCUUGGUGGUGGUUUAUUUGCUAUUAUGAUAUCUGCUGCAUUUGACGCUAGGUUUCCGGCACCAUCAUACGAAGAGGACCCAUUAAGAUCAACAAUUCCGCAAGCAGAUUAUGUUUGGAGGAUCAUACUGAUGGUAGGUGCUCUUCCGGCUGCUUUGACUUACUAUUGGCGUAUGAAGAUGCCUGAGACUGCAAGGUACACCGCAUUGGUAGCAAAGAAUGCCAAACAAGCAGCUAAUGAUAUGGGAAAGGUCUUACAAUGUGAGUUUAAAGACGAGCAAAAUAAGGUAGAAAAGUUGGCCGCAGGAAAUACUUGGGGUUUAUUCUCUAAGGAGUUUGUUAGCCGUCAUGGGCUACACUUGCUCGGUACUGCGAGCACUUGGUUCUUGCUCGACAUCGCAUUCUAUAGUCAAAAUCUUUUUCAGAAGGAUAUAUUUAGCGCGGUGGGGUGGAUCCCUGCUGCUAAAUCAAUGAACGCGAUCCAAGAAGUGUACAAGAUUGCUCGAGCACAAACUUUGAUCGCGGUAUGUAGCACUGUCCCAGGGUAUUGGUUUACCGUAUUCCUUAUUGAUCGAAUAGGGCGAUUUACCAUCCAAAUAUUAGGUUUUGCGAUGAUGACGAUAUUCAUGUUUGCGCUUGCUAUCCCAUACCAUCAUUGGACACAUCCACAUAAUCGGAUUGGAUUUGUGGUCAUGUAUGCUUUAACCUUCUUUUUUGCCAACUUUGGUCCUAAUGCGACCACGUUUGUGGUCCCCGCGGAAAUCUUCCCUGCACGACUGAGAUCCACUUGUCAUGGAAUAUCAGCUGCAGCAGGAAAGGCGGGUGCUAUAAUUGGCGCGUUUGGGUUUUUAUACUUGGCUCAAAACACCGAUCCUAAAAAAACAGAUCAAGGUUACCCUCCGGGUAUUGGAGUGAAAAACUCGCUUAUUGUUCUUGGUGUCAUCAAUUUGUUAGGGUUGUUCUUUACAUUCUUAGUUCCAGAGGCAAAAGGGAAAUCUUUAGAAGAUAUUUCACAGGAAAAUGAUGAAGAUCAGCAAGUGGAAUCAUCCGUUUAAGACCUUUUAUUUAUUUAUUGGAACUUUUUCUAGUUGUAUUUUAGUUUUUUUUUUUCCUAUGUCCACAGAAGUGUAACUUUAGUACUAUGUUUUUGUGUUGGGUGUGCCAGUUUUCCUAAAUUGUGUUGUAUGGUUAUGUGGAUUGUGAAAGAAUUUACUAAUUAUGUAAUGAUCUUCAUAAUUUUAAUCUCAGGCUGCACAAAGGUGCUUCUAAUUGUUACAUUGGAUUAAUGUUUAUGUCAAAC